AUGCUGCGGCGUCUUCUUUUCCUCCCACGCACUGCGCCCCAUAGACGCCUCUUCUCAGCAGUAGCAUCGCCACGUACCGAGCAUGUCACGAUUCCCUGUGGAUCGAACGGCACCGUGACAGUGGACAUCUUCCACGCUUCCCGUGCAUCUCAAUCUGCCCCUGUGCUCAUCUACCUGCCUUCAGGACCCUUGCUUCCCGAGCAUACUGCUGAAGAGGACCGCCUCGUGAAAGCUCUCGCAGCAUCAAGCAGGUCGACCCUUGCUCGUAUCAACUAUCGUGCCACCACUGGCAUCACCUGGCCCACUCCCCUUCAUGAUGUGCUUGCCGGCUACGACUGGAUCAUCCAGCAUCUGCUUUCAGAUGAAUCUCAGGUCGCACGUCUAGGUGUUUGUGGGGAACUCCUGGGUGCCUCCCUAGCCACCAGCCUUGCCUUGACUGAAUGUCGCUUGGGUGGGAGUCGAAUCGUUGCUGCAGCUGCGAACAACCCCGUCGCGGAUUGGGUCUUCGCCGACGACUUGCCCGUUGCUGAACCGUCCAACCUCCCAGAGCCGCGUGCCCCCGAAGAGACUGCGAUCCCUGCUGACCAAGAUACGAUGACCUGGUGGGCUCAGCAAGAGGACAAGGACGAGAGAGAGACGCCAGCAAAGCCAGCAAGGCCGAAGAAGCGAGCAUCUAAACCUCCGUCUGCGUGGUUGACCAAUGCUGAUAACCCAGUCAUCCCAACCUUGACCUUGUCUGCACAACGAGAUAUCCUCUUUGGCAACCCUCAGCACAUGUUUGAUCGCUUCGCUUCUCCCAUUCAUUUCUUCCGCUCACCUCACGGCGAGUUGAUAUAUCCAAAGGACGACGAUGGAUUUGCAUCACUCGACCCUCUUGACAUCGAGGAUCGGCUUGACAUCAAUCAUUACGAGUCCCGCCAGGACAUGGAACGGGAUCGCGCCCCCCUUAUGCCCGUCCUGAGAAGAUGUCGGGCGUACGCCCGCAUCUACCCUCCUGCUAAUAUGCUCCUGUCGCUUCCUCAGUGGCACAUCACCACCGGGUUGAACAGUCCUCUUCUGGAUCAAGCUUCGGAGCUUGCGAAGAUGCUCAAGAGGAGUAUUGCAAGACGGCAGCUGCGCACCAAGACUGCCAGGAUCAUGUGGCAGGACCCGGUUGAGAAGGCCAAGUACGAAGCUUGGGCGGACCAACGGGUGGGGUUGAGCACAUCAGAAGGAGUUGGUCUAUGGACUGUGUCAGAUAGUCCUUCCUGGCAGGAUGGCGUCGAAAGUCUUGGCAGAUGGAUGGAGGAGUGUCUGACAUCGAAGCCGGCAUGA